GAAAAUGGAAAUGUCAGGUUUCACAUCAAAAGGUCUACCUCAAAAUCCUGCUCAGCCUGCUGGAUCAAGAAUGUGCAACCGCAUCCCCAGAACACAGAGGCACUUGCUCAGGUGUUUGACCAGACAAACUUUGUACCAGAGGUGAUGUUACCUAAUGGACUGAACAUGCGUCCAGUUGGACUACUGAAUGGAGAGCUGUUGUAUAAAGUUACAGCUCCUAACUAUGCUGCUCCUCUUCCACCCACCAUCCCGAGGAUUAAGAAGAUACCCAAAAAAACGGAUCAAACGUAUGUCAAGAAGCCGCCAAAUGCUUUUAUGUUGUUCAUGAAGGAACAUCGACAAGCUGUUAGGCACCAUUCUCAUUUAAGAAACAGUGCGGAUAUAAACAAGAUCCUUGGAAGAAUGUGGCAUUUGCUACCUCAGGAAGAGAAAGCCAAAUAUUACGAGCUGGCUGAUAAAGUCAAGCGACUGCACUCCCAGCAGCAUCCAGAUUGGUCUUGGAGGCAUAAUUAUGGCAAAAAGGAGGACUGUGACCACAUUAUUGAGCCAGAUGCCAAUAGUGUACAGGCAGCGCUGGUGCCAGAGGUUGAGGAGGGAAGUGGACAAGCCGAGACAGAUUUUGAGGAUGAUGACGCUGACUCCUUGUCUCUGAGUUCAACAACAGUAGAACUCUCCCUUGAAGAGCAUAUUUCUCAGAUAUACCUGAAACAGCCACCUGCCUUGAACCAGAUGAUUACCCACCCUCCGUCCCGAUCGCCCAAGCAUUCGUCGUCAAGGUUCCUUCCGGACUGUUGAUUUUUGAUGGACUUUAAUUGUGCACAUUCUCCCCUGACCAAACGUUGGGAAGAUUUUGAUGCACAAGCCACGUUUCUGCCACUGGAAGACAAUUGACUGACUGAUUUGGAGCCAAUAUCUUACCCGAUAUUGACACAUUUACAAUGUCCACAAUCUGCGCUUAUAUUUUUUCUCCUGCAAACAUUUUACAUCCACUACUCACAAAAAAGUUAGGGAUAUUUGGCUUUCCAGUGAAAUUUAAGAAUGAGCCUAAAAUGCAUUUAAACCUUUGACAGGUGAAGUUAAUGUGACCUUCUCGAAGCUCUUGAAUGCACACGUCCAAUUGUUGAACGUUCCAGUACUUUUUGCACAAGUUGCUGUUCUCUAACGAUGAUUUUAACGACAAAAACAACAGCCGUUUGAUCCCUGAAUCGACCAAUAAAUGUUCUGAUUCAAUUAGA